AUGGAGUCUUACAAAAAACCCAUUACAUUUAUAUUUUUUAUCAAGCCUCCUCAAUUGGUUCGUGACUUUGUUGAAAAUUAUUUUAUUCACGAUCUUACUGAUGAAGCAGUAAAAGAAAUUUGUCAACUGGAACAUCCCAAAAUUAUGUUGGUACAGUUAAACCCUGAAACAAUCUUUACAGCAAAAGUUAUUGAACAGGAAUCUGAUCAUGAUAUUUAUGGCGACGAGAAAGAAAAUUUUAAGGUUGGAAUUUUUGAGCAAGACAUAAUGUUAGCAGAAGGUGAAGGAUCACCACUUUCACAGGCAGAAAAAAAUGCUUGCAGGAAUCUUUUAAAAGAAAAAUACCUAGACAGAUUAAAAACAGCAGACCUUCCAUUCAACUUAUCAGAGUACGAGAUUAAUUUUGGCCUACUUCCUGAAGGAAUAAGAGUUGUUGAAAUAGAAAAAGGUAUAAAUGGCUUUGGUUUUUCUGUAAAAGGAGGUGAAAUGAGAAGCGAAGAAAACAGAGAGUUUGUGAAAUAUCAUUAUUAUUUCCCACCAUUUAUUUCUUCUGUUGUGGACAAUGGACCUGGAGAAAGAGUUGGUUUGAGAGAGGGAGACGUUAUAUUGGCCGUGAAUAACAAGAGUACCAAAGGAAUGGAUCAUUAUCAUUUUGUUAGAUACUUAAAAUCUUUAAAAGGGAAAGUAAAGUUUACUGUAAAGAACAGCGAAAGAGUUUUAAUCAUUGAUGAAAUUGAAACAAAAUUUCGGAAGUUUAAAGAAAGGAAAAUGGUUUCUCAACUGGCAGAUCAACAAUGGUCAAAAUGGCAUCUAGCAAAUUCACAAAAAAAUCACGACGAAUAUGAACGACAUCUUCGUGAGAAGUCUCGUGAUUGAAGUUGAAUUUAAAAGUUUCAAUAUAUGUGUAUAGUUUUUAUUAUCCAUGAAAUGAAAAGCUUUUUCUUUCAGUCA